AUGGAUGCGCCGGAGCCCGAACAGACCCCUUUCGCGGCUGUUACAGCCCACACCACCAAGAUCCAGAGACAAUAUCAAGCGAUUCUGGAUCAGUCAACGCCGUAUGUCAUGUACCGAUGGAUCGGUACCGGCGUGGCGUUGCUUCUUUUCUUCCUGCGCAUUUUCAUGGCGCAAGGAUGGUACAUUGUCGCAUACGCCCUGGGAAUCUACCUCUUGAACCUUUUCCUGGCCUUCCUGCAGCCCAAGUUCGACCCUUCGAGCGAUGUCCUGGAUAGCGAAAUGGAAGACGGCUCUGUUGGCACCCUCCCAACCAAGCAGGACGAAGAAUUCAAGCCCUUCAUCAGACGCCUUCCCGAAUUCAAGUUCUGGUACUGGGCCACGAGAGCCAUUGGCAUCUCAUUUGUCUGCACCUGGUUCGCCAUCUUUGACGUUCCUGUGUUCUGGCCCGUCUUGGUCAUGUAUUGGUUGAUACUAUUUGUCCUCACCAUGCGCCGACAGAUCCAGCACAUGAUCAAGUAUCGCUACGUGCCCUUUACCAUCGGCAAGAAGUCCUACGCCAAGGACCGAUCGUAA